UGCAAGACGACAGUGCGCCCGUGGCUCCAGAGGUGCACCGUACUCCCAGAGAAAUCCCAAGAUUCUGACACAAUGAGAAAACAUCUGGGUGGAUGCUGGUUGGCCAUUGUCUGUGUCCUGCUCUUCAGCCAGCUGUCCUCAGUCAAGGCGAGAGGCAUUAAGCACAGAAUCAAGUGGAACCGGAAGGCCUUGCCAAGUACCUCCCAGGUCACGGAGGUCCACACUGCAGAGAUCCGCCCAGGGGCCUUCAUCAAGCAAGGCCGAAAGCUGGAUAUCGACUUUGGAGCUGAGGGCAAUAGGUACUACGAGGCCAACUAUUGGCAGUUCCCUGAUGGGAUCCAUUACAAUGGCUGCUCUGAGGCCAACGUCACCAAGGAGAAGUUUGUCACCAGCUGCAUCAAUGCCACCCAGGCGGUGAACCAGGAGGAACUGUCCCACGAGAAACAAGACAACAAGCUUUACCAGCGGGUCCUGUGGCGGCUGAUCAGGGAGCUCUGCUCCAUAAAGCAGUGUGAUUUUUGGUUGGAAAGGGGAGCAGGACUUCAGGUCACUCUGGACCAGCCCAUGAUGCUCUGCCUGCUGGUUUUCAUCUGGUUUAUUGUGAAGUAAGCUUGCAAGCAGGCUGGUAGCCACAGAGAUGAGUGGGUAAGCAAACCAUGAGGGAGUUAUCCCAGUUCUUCUCCCCAAGCCCCAAACCCCCACAUGUUCUGAAGGUACCAAAGAGCAGUGAUUAAUUCUUCAGCACUUCAAAUAACACU